UGCUCGCCCUGGUGCUCUAAAAUACGGAAAAUGCAGAACAGGCUCCUUAAACGUGCCGGACAAAGAACAUGAUUUGGGAUCAUUGCUUUUUCUGGAUCUUGGUGUUUGUCAGCCUGCAUCCAUAGAGAAGACGCCGAGGAGACACACUUUCCCCACUUACCACUGGAGCUAUGGAGUUCUCCAAUAGUUCCCAAGGUAACCCCUUCAUCCUCCAUGACUACUCUGGUGACAUGACAAAGGACAAUGAGACCAACUCAAGCGGCACGGAACCCAACUCCAUGGCUUGCUUACAGCUGCAGAUCCCGCAGGAAUUGUUCUUGUCACUAGGCCUCAUCAGCCUGUUGGAGAACAUUCUGGUGGUGGUGGCCAUCAUCAAGAACCGCAACCUGCACUCCCCCAUGUAUUACUUCAUCUGCUGCCUGGCCGUGUCCGACAUGCUGGUGAGCGUCAGCAACGUGGUGGAGACCAUCGUCAUACUUUUGCACGACCACGGCCUGAUGGACAUGUACCCGGGUAUUCUGCGUCACCUGGACAACAUCAUCGACGUGAUGAUCUGCAGCUCGGUGGUGUCCUCGCUCUCCUUCCUGAGCACCAUCGCGGCGGACCGCUAUAUCACCAUCUUCUACGCGCUGCGUUACCACAGCAUCAUGACCACGCAGCGGGCCGUGAUUAUCAUCGCCGCCGUGUGGCUGGCCAGCAUCACCUCCAGCAUCUUCUUCAUCGUCUACCACACAGACAACGCCGUCAUCGUGUGCCUGGUGACCUUCUUCUGCUCCAGCCUGGUCUUCAACGCCGUGCUCUACAUGCACAUGUUCCUUCUGGCGCGCAUGCACUCGCGGAGCAUCCCCGCCAACUUUAAUAAGAAGCGGCGGCCUUCUACCAGCAUGAAGGGAGCCAUCACGCUCACCAUCCUGCUGGGCGUCUUCAUCGUAUGCUGGGGACCUUUCUUCCUGCACCUCAUCCUCAUCCUCACCUGCCCCACCAGCCCCUUCUGCAACUGCUUCUUCCAGAACUUCAACCUCUUUCUCAUCCUUAUCAUCUGUAACUCCCUUAUAGACCCACUCAUCUAUGCCUACAGGAGCCAUGAGCUGCGCAAAACACUCAAGGAGCUUCUCUUGUGCUCCUGGUUAUUCGGCUCUGACUGACUAUACUUCAUGACUUUAACUUGUUUGAAACGUUUCGCAUUUUUUGCUUGUUCAAAGUUGCUCCAGUAACAACAUUUUACAGUUUUGUGGAACAGGCUAACCGAAAUAUGGAUAAUAUUAUUUUUUUUAUGACGACAGCCUUACUCAAACAAAAAUAGAAAUGCAGCAAACAAAGUCAAGUGCUGUGUUUUUUGCAGCCAUUAUUGACUGUAAACAUAAAAAUCCUUUCAAUCCUACUUGUAGUUUAAAAAUUUGGCACUUUUGUUUUUACUUUUGAUUUCUCUCCGCCAACCAAUGCACAGGUUCCUAGCUCCACCAUACGAUCGUUUACAUUACACUUUAUGUACACUGGCACAAUUGACUAGGAUUUCACAGCAUUUAAAAGUAUUUUUUAUUGUAAACUCAAACUCAUUUUUCGCCUAAUGGGUUCUGUACACUAUGUUGCACACUCUUGUACAGUGGUAUGUUUUUUUGAACUUAAGAGAGUGAAUAACAAUAAAAUUACAAUUGUGAAGUUACAGAAUAUAGUUGUAAUUUUAUUGUAAUUAAUUUUACAGUA